AUGAAGCUUCGCUGGCAGUCUUUCUUCUGCAUCCAAGUACUCUUUACCGUCUUUCUGCAUGCCUUGACCGUUCGUGCAAAUCCAAAUCUUCUUUCGGAACUAUCGCCAUGCGCCCUGACUUGUCUGGUGAAAACUGUACCGGAGGCAGAUUGCGAGCUGACCGAUAUAGCCUGCCAAUGUGCAAGUAAAAACCUCACGCGGCUGGCAACAGAAUGUAUGCUCGAAGAAUGUACCAUCGCCGAAUCACUAAAACUUGUGCAAAUCGAUGCAAUCCAAUGCGACUUGCCUCAUAAUAACCGCCACGCGGUAAUCGAGGUCUUUGCUAUCCUGACGCCUACUGUCACGUUUUUCAUGCUCUCCCUCCGUCUGCUGUCGAGACUCUGGACGAUAGGCCGUCUAUGGUGGGAUGACUGGUUCCACAUCGUUGCCGCAGCCUUCGUCAUUCCUCUUACAGUAUUUGCCUGCCUCUGUGCUAGUCAUGGCUUCGGAUAUCAUCUCUACGACAUCGAUUUCACUUCUGUCUCCCAAGCAUCGGACUUGCUGUUCUGGUUCUAUCUCUGCCAGAUCUUCUGGGGUCUUGGUAUCUUCUUCGUCAAGCUUUCCAUCCUAUGCCUUUAUUUGCGCGUCUUCCCAGACGCCAGGUUCCGUCUGGCUGUCUACAUCUCCAUGACGGCCCUAGCCAUCUCCGUCCUGACCCUCCUGGCAAUGACUGUCUGGCAGUGCGACCCGAUCGACACCCCGUGGACGCUCGACUACGCGCGCGCGCACUGCCUCAACAUUUCCAACAUUGCCUACGCCAAUGCAGCAGUCAACAUCGCAACCGAAGUAGUCAUUCUCAUCCUCCCCUUGCCUGUCUUGCACACCUUGCGCGUCACCGGACGAAAGAAAGCGGCUCUGUACGCAUUGUUCGGUGCCGGAUUGCUUGUCAUUGCUAUCGCCUCCGCCCGGAUUCCAACCCUCUCCCACAUCGCAACAUUCAACGACCCCACAUACAACAACGUCCCCGUGUAUGUGUGGACGUGCGCAGAGAUGACGGCCGUGCACGUCUGCGCCGCGGCCCCGGCCGUGCGUUCGCUCGUGAGUCGAGUCAAGAAUGAGGUUACAACAAGAACAGCAACGAAUCGGACGGGACAGGACUUUAGUCUGGACCCGUACGUGAAAAAGACUACCAUGAUUACCACCACGACUACCACUGCGACUACGUAUUCCUCGAACAAAGCAGCCACGGUUUCGACAACCGGGAGAAAUACAUAUGACGGUGCACGCCCGCCGAGUCCGUACUCUCCGUUUCAAAAACGGAGAUCGAGCGUUGAGAUGGAUGCAGAGCAACAGCAGGAGUACCACGAAAUGGAACUCCAAGAAUUUCAAACCUCAGCACAGCGGUUCCCGCACAGCUUGUUCGGCCUGGGCACAUGUAGUCUUGACGCCAUUUCGGAGCGGGCCGAAGGAAGGCAUAGUAUAGAGGAUGCAUCCUCGGAGGAAGACUGCGAGCAUGGACAGUCAUUUCUGGACGUUUGA